UGCGAACAUUGGGUGAAUAACAAAAACAUGAACACCACAAGGGUUAAUAGGUAUGCUUACCCUAACUCUCAACCAAUUUAGUAAUUGUUCAAUAAUCUACCGAUCUAAAAUGAAGGGAAUUUCUUAAAUUAGGUUAUUUUGAGUGGCUGAAGUGAAGAUGAAUGUGUUCCUAAUCAUAAAUCUCAUGUUGCCUGUAGGGCUAUUACUGCCAUAUUAGGCACCUUUUUGUUCAACAGGCUAAUAUGUUACGCUUGGCACCUUUUUUUUGCCAAACAUGAAGAUUUGGCAGUGGACAAAGCUCAGAUCUUAAUCUGUUCCCCUUCCUAAACCAAGUUGAUAAUCUCAAUGUUCUUGUUGAGUCCACCCCUAUUAGCUGAGGAGAACUUAAUGUAUAGUUUCCUCAACCCCCUCACCAACUUGACGUCUCGGUGCUGUACAGACAAUGUGGCGUUUCCCAAGGUCAUAUGUCGCUGCCAGUGUUUAAUAGAGAUGCAUAGCCUGAUGAUUCUCUUUUGAAGGGCUCAUCUGCCAUGUCUUGUCUUGAGGUUAGGUGCACUCCCCUACACUUUCCAUCACCUGUUUGUUUUUGUAAUGCAGUACAGUAAUAAAAUCCAAACCUUCCUGUCAAGUGAUUUUUUUAAAUUUAUUUUUAUGUAGGCCCUACUCCCAUUGGUCAGGUGAUGUAACAACAUACUGGUCGGUGGCUCAGUGCACAUGACAAGCAGAGCUAAACUCUUCAGACAUUUCAGAACAUGGUUCUGCUAACCUACAACAUUCCAAUGUCAUGUGGGCUGUUCCAGCUUAUAGCUGAUUCCAUAGAAAAAAAUCUAAAUCAAAGGGGCUUAUUCAGCUAGAAUGUAAGUUUUACUUUGCCAAAUAUUGGUUGAAAGCAAUCUCACCGUAACUAUCGGAGCACCAUAAUACCGUUACGCUGCAUUAUGUUAAUAUAAUGCUAACUUUGAUCUGUCCACACAUCCUACUUACUGUGUUUAUGUAAUUAUUUCCCCACUUAAGUGAAUGUCAAGUACAUACUCUUGUUUUAAAGGCUGGUCUGUUAACUGUUGCGGUUUCACUACAGCCUUUCCUUGCUCAUGGUCCUUUUUAUUUUGAUGAAUGGAAUUGCAUGUCAGGAUGUUAUGAGAACAUUUGUGGGCCACAUCUCAUAUGUUGGUGGACCUCUCUCUUUUGCCCACGCCAGUCCUGGAGUUUGCACUGCUGACCCCAUGAGUAUGUUAAACAUUAACUAACACCACUCACCUCUUUGGCAUCACUACUGAACCGGUACAGAGAGAGACAUUACUGCACCUGAGGGGUUGAAAGAAUAAGAGAGCCACCAAAAGGAGUGUUAGGCAGAGGAGAAUACUCUUUUUCUCACAGACCUUGGGGGAUUUUGUCUGGAAACUGUAUUUUCUAAUUCAGAGGAAAUGGAUCCACAGACCCCUCUGAGUCGCUCAGUGAUGGAGACCAUGGCUGUGAGCACGUCUGUGGUGGGGCCUGAUGAGUUUGACCGCAACGCGCCGCGCAUCUGUGGCGUCUGUGGCGACAAGGCCACAGGCUUCCACUUCAACGCCAUGACCUGUGAGGGCUGCAAAGGCUUCUUCAGACGCAGCAUGAAGCGUAAGGCCAGUUUCACCUGCCCCUUCAACGGCAGCUGCACCAUCACCAAGGACAACCGGCGGCACUGCCAGGCCUGCCGGCUCAAACGCUGCGUGGACAUCGGCAUGAUGAAGGAGUUCAUCCUGACAGAUGAGGAGGUGCAGAGGAAGAAGGACCUGAUCCAGAAGAGGAAGGAGGAAGAGGCGGCGCGGGAGGCCUUGAGACCUAGGCUGAACGACGAGCAGAGCCAGGUCAUCGCCUCAUUGGUGGAGGCCCACCACAAGACCUAUGAUGACUCCUACUCUGACUUCUCACUCUUCAGGCCCCCAGUGCGAGAGGGCCCAGUAACACGCAGUGCCAGUCGUGCAGCCUCCCUUCACUCUCUGUCAGAUGCCUCCUCAGACUCCUUCAACCACUCACCAGAGUCUGUGGACACCAAGCUGAUGAACUUCAGCAGUCUGUUGAUGAUGUACCAGGACAGUGCAGGCAGCCCAGACUCCAGUGAGGACGAUGGCUCCAAGCUCUCUAUGUUGCCCCACCUGGCUGACCUGGUCAGCUACAGCAUCCAGAAGGUCAUCGGCUUCGCUAAGAUGAUUCCUGGCUUCAGAGGGCUGACUGCUGAGGACCAGAUCGCCCUGCUGAAAUCCAGUGCCAUCGAGAUCAUCAUGCUGCGUUCCAACCAGUCCUUCAACCUAGAGGACAUGUCCUGGAGCUGUGGUGGUGGUCCUGACUUCAAYUACUGCGUCAACGACGUCACCAAGGCGGGUCACACUCUGGACCUGUUGGAGCCACUGGUGAAGUUCCAGGUGGGCCUGAAGAAACUCAAGCUCCAAGAGGAGGAACACGUGCUGCUCAUGGCCAUCUGCCUGCUGUCUCCAGAUCGACCUGGGGUGCAGGAUCACGCUAAGAUCGAGGUUCUCCAGGACCGUCUGUCGGAGGUGCUCCAGGCCUACAUCAGGGUGAACCACCCAGGAGGACGGCUGCUCUACGCCAGGAUGAUCCAGAAGCUGGCCGACCUGCGCAGCCUCAACGAGGAGCACUCAAAGCAGUACCGCUCGCUGUCCUUCCAGCCAGAGCACAGCAUGCAGCUCACCCCGCUGGUGCUGGAGGUGUUUGGGAGCGAGGUGUCAUAGCAGCCCCUCUGAUCCCUCCCCAUGAGGGACCCCCUAGAUGGCAUUGAGUUGCUGGAUGGAAGGUUCAGCGAUGGAAGGGUAUCUGAAGGGGGAUAGCCGAAAGGACCUGAUAGUCACACUGUCAAAGAAGGUUUUGGGGGGUUAAUUAGGGGAUAAUGGGUAAAGAGAGGAGUGAGGGGCUUUGAUAAGGUUGGAAUUUCCCAUUGAUAAGAAAAGGGAAUUUCAAACAGAAUGUAUUUAUAAAUAUAUAUACAUACAUAAGCUAAUAUCUAUAUAAAAAAAAA